GGGUGAAUGCUGAAUCUGUUGCUUUCUACAGUGGUGAAAUUCAGCUGGCUCUAUCCAGAUCGCACGAUCCGAUAGUGCCGGUGGCAGGAGGCUCCGCCCGCCCACCCAGAGGUCAUCACAUCCCAUUUUUGACCCUCUGUGCAUGCGCAGAAGGCUCUGCGCAUGUGUUGAGGAAGCACAGGCGAGUGUAAUGAGCGUGAGUGCGCUCACAUUUGUGAACCAGUAGCGAAGGUAAGUGAAUACCACCCUGUUCUACUUAAAUGUGUCAUCUCUUUUUUUUUGAGGAUCAGAUCAAUUUCAUCCAACCAUGAGUGACCAGGUUAUAUGUCAAUCAAUAACUUUCAAAGAAUUUUUAACAAAAACUAUGGAACUUCCUUUUCAUCCAUUUGGUAGUCAUCAGCUCUCUGUCUUGACUUAUUAGGAUUUCUAAUUAUGGCAGUUUCGUAAAUUUAUUCAGUUCCACUGUUAUCCUUUCAAAACUCAGUGAUGAAAGAUCUAUGGUAAGCUAAUCAUGCUGAGACUUUAUGAAUGAGGCUCGUUUGUGUGCUUGUAGCUUGUGCAUAGAGACUGAAAAUGUGCAGUGCUUUCAGUCAUUUGUUUUGAAUUCUUUCCUCAAAGCGCAGAAACAAAUAUUAUAUGUCUCAUCACAGGAAAUCAAUUCAGAAAUAAAAGAGAUCAGGACCCAAUGGAGAAUCAAGUUUUUUUCCUGUCUGUGUUCACUAUGGUUAUUUUCAGUUACUCAUAUGGCAGGUAGAAAUUUUGAAAGCAAAAAGUGCUUUUCUGUAAGAAGUAUAUGUAACUUACACUACAGGGACAUUUUGGUGGAAGGACGAGCAAAAAGGGCCUCAGAUAAAUAUAGGGGGAACAGACAUGGCCCAUCUGGCUUUCUGCUUUUUGCCACAUGAGGUCACUAGUGGCAGUGUUUCAAUGUGGUUUGAGUAUAAAUGCUCCCUGGGGAUGAGGGAAGCUGAAUUACAGCAGUAAAUAGGGGUCCUUUUUCCAUGUUUUAAUUAUGGCGUUGCCUGCAUGCUGGGGAAUUCUAAGUCUACAUAUAUUAAAAUUGCUAAACCGCAGAUCUAACAGGUUUUAUGAACUCAGUUCAUGAAAAUGUAUGGAGAGUUUCUCUGUGUUUUUUUUUCUAAUGCUGCAUUUGAUUUCCUGACCCACAAAAAUAAAUUUGCAGAAAGGACCACUAUACCUGACCGAUCAUGUCCUUUUUAUUUUGUUGUUUUGCAGAGCUGGGGAAGUUGAACACAUGCGAACCAACUACAAGCUUCAAAAUCUUUUAAAGACACAAAGAGAACUGAUGGGAAAGGAACUAUGGCUAUACAUUGGGAUCAACACUUUUGACUAUUUGGGCAGCAUCCUGAGCUACGUGAUGAUUGCCAUUCCUAUAUUUAAUGGAGUAUAUGAUGAUCUGAAUCCCACAGAAUUGAGCUCCUUAGUCAGCAAGAAUGCCUUUGUCUCCAUUUACCUGAUUCACUGUUUCAGCGUCUUAAUUGAUCUCUCUACCACAGUGUCUGACGUAGCUGGCUACACGCACAGAAUUGGAGAGUUGGAAGAAGUAUUGCUGAACCUUUCCAAGAAGCAAAAUCAUAGUGAAUCACAAGACGAAUGGGACUUCGACAGCAUUUCUAAAGAGAAGAGGAUUUCAAACGACACCGCUUUUGUUCUGGAGCAUGUUUCCCUUGCUGCUCCUUCCAAGAACCUGCUUAUCAAGGACCUAAACAUGAGAGUCACACAAGGGAAUAAUCUCCUGAUUACUGGGAAUACAGGCACAGGAAAGACAUCUUUGUUGCGUAUUCUCGGAGGCCUGUGGAAGUGCAAGCAGGGAGAAGUCCACAUGCUGACUUCCUUUGGCCCCCAUGGAGUGGUGAUCAUACCUCAGCGUCCUUUCUUCACAGAUGGAACACUGCGGGAACAGAUUAUAUACCCUCUAAAGGAAAUCUAUCCAGAUUCUGGGUCUAUAGAUGAUGACAGGAUACUCAGGUUCCUGGAGCUGGCUGGACUGUCAGACUUGUUAAUGAGAACAGGAGGUUUGGACCAGCCUGUGGACUGGAACUGGUAUGACAUUCUUUCACCAGGUGAGAUGCAACGGCUGUCAUUUGCUCGCCUAUUCUACUUACAACCCCAGUAUGCAGUGCUAGAUGAAGCUACAAGUGCAUUGACAGAAGAUGUAGAGAAUGAGAUGUAUAGAAUCUGCAUCCAACUGGGAAUGACUCUGGUCAGUGUGGGCCAUCACAAAAGUCUGGAAAAGUUCCAUAGCUGGAUUUUGAAACUGUAUGGAGAAGGAAAAUGGGAACUAACAAGAAUUGAGAAACCCUGAACUGUUCCCAAACCAAUCACAGAAAAUAUUGGAGUUAAAGUCUCAAGUUAAAGUGCCUUGGAAUCAGCAUGCUUUAAUGGAGAAAGUAUGGUUGGAAAGUUCAAAAUUGCAGGUGCCAAGAGGAUUUCCAAUUUUAAAAAAAAACAUGGAGAGGAAAGUUUUUAAUAAUUUCUUAUCUUUUAAAUUUGCUUCCAAUCCAUUGUUUUGAUUGCAAUACAAACUUUCAACCAGAAGGGAAAGAAAGAAUAAUUUUGUUUCAUCUAUGAAACUCAUUUUUAAGUGUGACUGGUAUCAAAGUUCUGCAUAACAGGAAUUAUGCUGGCCUAUCUACAUAAGGACCGUGAAUGUAGCACAGCCUCUUUGAUCGUAAUUUAUAUCAAGGUUGGAGCUAUAGCUUCCUUGCCUGAGUCAAAGGAAGAAAGAAUCGGUGUAAUUUCUAUGAUCUGCUCUUAGGCCUCUUAUUUUUUGAGUUGCUAGCAAAUGGAUCAAUAAUAUCGCCCCUAGAACUGUUCAGUCAUACUAUUUAAAGAUUUUAUUUGAUGCAAAAUAACAAUGAGUUUUGUAAAAUGUCAACGCCACUUGAUAAAAAAUCAAAUAAGCAACUCUGGACAAGUUGUGAAGUACAAGAUAGAACUUUACAGAGGGUUGGGAUGGGAGGGAGUUUUUUCAGUCAUUCUACUCCUUCCCCAAUGGUCAUUCCAGUCUGUGUUGGUGCAGAGGUUAGUGACCUUUGAUGUGUGAGAUGCCACAAAGGUUACACCACUCUUUCCUGUUCAUUGCCUAUAUCAGUGCUGUCAAGCUCACAGACCGCGGGCCGGAUGCAUCAUGUGCUGGCCACGCCUAUGCCCGGUUUAGCGAAGGGAGGGAAAGUCCCGAUACAUCACGUGAUGCCAUCUUGAUGAUGCGAGUUUGACACCCCUGGUCUAUAUGAAGCUUCUAGGAAAAACCAUCUGAUAUUUGGGGAUUCAGUGUUAACAGUAUGCUAAUGAUAGUCAAUAUCGCAUUACUAGCCAGGCUUUGAGGGGGUGCUAUCAGUGUCCUUUCCCAAGACCUGGAUGGCAGAGCAAAGACUGAAAAUGAAGCUUAGUAAGUUGGAGUACUCCAAUCAGUCUUGGUCUGACCAAUCAGACCAAACACAAACUACAACUCAUCCUACAUUUUCAAGAGGCUCAGGGCCCUGAAGCAAGAAGACAUUGGUCUUUCAGUGGCAGCACCAAUUCUGUGGGACAGCUUGCUGGUAAAGAUCAGGCUAGCCCCCUCCUUGUUGAUGUUUCAGAAGCUACUAAAGAUGAAAUUAUUUUGGAGAGACUUCCCCUGAUUUUGCUCUACCACCUUCUAUUUUAUUGUUUGUAUUAUUAUAUUUGAUGGGGGGGGGUUUACUAUUUUUUUUAUACUGUAGAUGUUUUACUUGGUUUUUAUAGUCUAUGUAAGCCAGCAAGCAUCUUUGGCUUGUGG